AUGAAUAUGACGUCGGUGGAUGGUGGCGGUAGUGACGGUUGUUGGUGGUGGUUGGUUGUGAAGGUAGUGGUGGUGACGGAGGUGGCGGUGAUGGUUGGUGACGACAUUGGUGGUGGUUGGUGGCAGAGUGGAGCCGAAGAAAGAAACAACAGUCAACAGAUUACCACCAGCCACCCGCCAACCGUAUAUAAUUUAUUAAAGGCAACAAUGGCUUCUCUUGUAUUGCUUUUGUCUGAGCUUCUGAUCAAACACCAUGAUGCUGAAACUUGCUACACGUCGUCGUCUUCAUCAUUUUGUUCUUCAAGACGUUGUUUCUCCAGUGGGGCAGCAACAGCAGCAGCUGAUGUGGAGGCAAAAAGGGUGAUCGGAAAGUCAUGGAGAAAUGGAUUUGGAGGGUAUCGCAGGGAGGAGGAUUUGGUGGAGGAAGAUGAAGCCGAGUCGAUGGUUUCUGUUGAAUUUGUUUGA